AUGGAAAGGGGCUUUUCGCUUUUCAGGGAUGAUCGUCCGCUAGCGGGGCCGCCCACCGGCCACUGCACACCUUUUACAGCGAAUCAAACCAAACACGUUGGUCGUCGAUACGCUAAAGAUAAAGACGUCUGUAACGACUCAUCUUGCGACUGGGCCGAAAGCGAGCAUUCCAUCCCGGCUAGUGGAAGAAGGUUAGCUGCAUCGACGGAUGCAUCGCGCGAGGCUGUCGGCCAGGCUGGGAAUAGCGUCAAAAUAGCCAAACUGUGGCCGACGAAACGCUUUGCUUGGUUUGACUUGCUUUGCAAGCUUGCAAAAGCUUGUUCAAGCUGGUGGAACAUAGAGAGGGGACCGUCUAGACCGUCGGCGAUCCUGCCGUUUCAGAAUUGUGGCCAUGUUCCAGCCGCCAACCACGUCUUGUAG